GCGGCGGAGCGCGGAGCCUGAGCCCGGCCGGGCCGAGCGCAGCGCAGCGGGCCGGGGAGAGGCUGGCGCGCCCGCGGCCCGGCGAAUCCUCUGGCAUCCGCCCCGGCGGGCCGCCCCGGCGCGCAAGGUUGAAGCAUGGAGCUGCGUGUGGGAAAUAAGUAUCGCCUGGGCCGAAAGAUCGGCAGUGGGUCCUUCGGAGACAUCUACCUGGGUGCCAACAUUGCCUCUGGUGAGGAAGUAGCCAUCAAGCUCGAAUGUGUGAAGACGAAGCAUCCCCAGCUCCACAUCGAGAGCAAGUUCUACAAGAUGAUGCAGGGCGGAGUGGGGAUCCCAUCCAUCAAGUGGUGCGGGGCUGAGGGAGACUAUAACGUGAUGGUCAUGGAGCUGCUGGGGCCCAGCCUGGAGGACCUCUUCAACUUCUGUUCCCGGAAGUUCAGCCUCAAGACGGUGCUGUUGCUGGCCGACCAGAUGAUCAGCCGCAUCGAGUACAUACACUCCAAGAACUUCAUCCACCGGGAUGUGAAGCCCGACAACUUCCUCAUGGGCCUGGGGAAGAAAGGCAACCUAGUGUACAUCAUUGACUUCGGCCUGGCCAAGAAGUACCGCGAUGCCCGCACACACCAGCACAUUCCCUACCGGGAAAACAAGAACCUGACUGGCACUGCCCGCUAUGCCUCCAUCAACACCCACCUGGGCAUCGAGCAAAGCCGUCGAGAUGACCUAGAGAGCUUGGGCUAUGUGCUCAUGUACUUCAACCUGGGCUCCCUGCCCUGGCAAGGCCUCAAAGCAGCCACCAAGCGUCAGAAGUACGAGCGGAUUAGCGAGAAGAAGAUGUCAACGCCAAUUGAGGUCCUCUGCAAAGGCUACCCCUCCGAGUUCUCAACAUACCUCAACUUCUGCCGCUCCCUGCGGUUCGAUGAUAAGCCUGACUACUCCUACCUGCGCCAGCUCUUCCGAAAUCUCUUUCACCGGCAGGGUUUCUCCUACGACUACGUCUUCGACUGGAACAUGCUCAAAUUCGGGGCUUCCUCGAGCCAGGCUCAGCCCCGAGACAACGAAGCUCUUGCAUCACCCCGCCCCCGCCCUUGGCCUUGCGCUGGGCCCGCAUACUCACCCACUUGCUGGUGCCCGGCGCCCCUGGGCACCCUAGGACCCCCAGAUAGGCCGGUGGAGGAGGAGGUGGAGCAGCUGCCCCCUCAAAGAUACUGGCCUGUGGUCUGGACUCCAGGGCCCCAGUUCUGAUACCACCAGGGUGUCUCAGCCACCUCUGCCAAGCUUAAGGAAGCAUCCUGCGGAAUGGCAGGGUGACACCCUGUUCCAAAGAGGUGGCUGUCCAGUGGAAAGGUUGUGACAAAAGGCCCUGCAUAGGAUCCUCAAGAAUAAACCAGCUGUUCGAGGGCCAGGACCAGCCUGAAGAAGGAAUAGUGACCGCCAGGGAGGGGUUGGUGCCAUAUCACAGGACACUGCUCCAUCUAGACCACGUUACCAGCUUAUGUAUUGAUUCUGAGCUCAUUAAAAACACUUCCUUUUCUUUACUCACGUGUACCUCUCUUUUCACAGAGCGGCCCUUGGCCCGCUCCAUCCAGUGUUAAGAACGAACAUAGAUAGGCCUUGUCUUUGGACACCGAGAAGGGCUACAUUGAUUUGGGGCUCUUCUUCUCUUUGGUCCCAAUCAGUGGCCUGGGACUGGAGUGAAAGGUGGGCAUCAAAGCUCCUUCCAGCGCAGAGCACGUUGGCCAAGGGCCCGGUCGUGCAGCUAGCUCUUCAUAUGAUCGGAUGUUCAGGCCUGGGGCACCAGACACGUGCUACAGAAAAUUAUCCAAGUCUAAUUUGGAGAUGGGCUUUGACCCUUCUCAGUGAAGCUCAAAGAAUAGACUUUGUAUUCUCUAGACCUGGGCAUCCAUCCCUCUGUCUUAGCCCCUGGCCACAUAGUGCUGCCUUUCAUUCACUAAAGUCAUUGGAAGUGGAUGCUUGCUUCUUAGUUACCAGAUCUCACUGAGAAAGGACAAGUGGCUGCUACUUCCAGCAUGACAACUGGGAACAUUUGUCCUCCCGGAGAGUCUAUGGACAGCUGCAGGAGAUGCUUCCUUCACAAUGCCCCUUGUGAGAAUGGCCAGUUGACAGAGUUUCACACCAGGCCACAUACACCCUCCUGGCCCAGUCGCUGGCACCGUGACCCCCACUCCCCCCCGCCCUGGGGUCUUCCUUGGAGGAAGUAGACUCUAGAGUUCAAAGCUGGACAGCCUUUGCCUCCACCUUGUGUGACCCUGUCACCACGUGGCCAGCUUCGUCACCAAGACCAUCUGCAGAACACACAGCAGAAACUUUCACAACCCCCACCCCAAGACCAGGCCUUCCCACCUGCCCUGCAAUAGAAGUCAUCAACUGUACUCGGCAGACAGGACCGAGUGAGCAACAGACCGGAAGGAUCCACUUGACCUUGGAAUGACCUCCCAUGUUCCACCCCAGGGGACUGGAAACCCUAGAUGCUUCUCUCUGAGAACACAGCCACUGUCCUAGUCAGGAGGAGGCUCCAUUCAGUGAAGUCUGUAAGAUGGAGCUAGACACUUGUGUAACUUGGGGCACUGACUUCUGUGUUUUCUUGUGGGCAAAUAAAGGCCAUGAAAACUCUCUGGUGUGCGUUUCUUGAGGCAUCUGAUCCCGUUGGGUAGAUGCCUGUAUGGUCAGGCCCGUCCUGAGCCUGCUGGAACUGCUGAGACCCCAGCCAUCCACCCCACUAUUGCUGGGCCAAGCUUGAAGCAUUGAUGGCAGGGCGACACCCUGUUUGGGGCUCUGCACCCCUAAGUGAAGGAAGCUCUUUGCUUAGCCUCAGCAAGCCUCCGUUUCCCACUGCUUCCACAGAGGAGGCUGUGAGCCCCCACAGCCCUUGUUUCUCUCUGGUUGGACUGCGUUUUUUGGCUCACCUGGGCAGCCAGGGAGUCCUGAGCCCCAGCUUCUGGGUGGGACGUUCAAGAUACAAUAUCUAAACAUGUCUUUUUGAGGGACAGAACAGGACUCGGUAGGUUUAUCCCCACAUCUGUAUGGGCUUUGUAACUCGGGGCAGGUCACAAGGCUCUGACUGCUCAGCAUUUCUACUUCAGAGAGGGCCCCAGAUAGAGGAGUUAAGAGCACUAGCCAUAGAGUGAGGUGGGGAUGUGCCUACCCGACUUGACUCCUUCCCAUAGGACUCUGGGAUCAUUCAGAAUCGAGCCACUCCCUCCCGUUUUUUUCAGAGCAGCAGGGCUUCUUAGCCAGUACUUGGAAAAAGGAGGUUUUGCAGAGCCCAUACCCUGCCCCAUGGCCUCUGGCGGGUUCCCCACUCAGCCUGUAGCUCUCUCCUCCACAGAUGCGGCCCCCCUUCCACCAGCCCCCUGCCCUUCCCUGUGGACGGCCCCAGGACCAGCUAGGUAACUCAGCUGGGUGCUGCAACCAUGCCUCAAUAUCUUUCUAAUCCUUCCUUCCUCUUGGACUUGGGGCAGCAACUUAGAGGACAGGCCCCUGGGGGCGCGCAAGGCACCUACCUUCUCCAGCUUUG